AUGAUGGAUAAGAAAUAUUUUGGUCUUACAAGAAGGGAUGUGCGUUCAAUAGCCUUUCAGUUGGCAAAACUGAACAAUAUUCCUAACCCAUUUUCACUGCUCAGUGAAUCAGCAGGAAAAGAUUGGCUCAAAAGGUUUUUAAAAAGGCACGAACAUGUACUUAGUGUUAGGAAACCGACCGGCACCUCCAUAGCUCGAGCAACUGGAUUCUGCAAGCAUAAGGUUGCUGAAUUUUUUGACAUCCUGGAGAACUUGAUGGACGAGAAAAAAUUCCAGGCCAAUAGGAUUUAUAAUGUUGACGAGAGUGGCCUUUGCAUAGUACAGUCAAAGUGUCCCCAUGUCAUAUCUGUAAAGGGCAAGCGUCAAGUCGGAGCGCUAACUUCAGCUGAACGUGGAUCUUUAAUAACAGUUGUCUUGUCUAUGAACACAGCUGGCAACUUUGUGCCACCAAUGAUCAUUUUUCCAAGAAAGAAGGGCAGUGAACAACUAAAAAAAGGAGCACCACCGGGGACAAUAUUUCGCUUUCAUCCAUCCGGGUGGAUUCAAUCAAAUCUUUUUACAGAUUGGUUCAAUCAAUUUAUUGAUUUUACACAGCCAAGCGAAAAUAAUCCUGUAUUGCUGAUUCUAGAUGGGCAUUACAGUCACACCAGAAAUUUGGAUGUGAUUUUAAAAGCUAGAGAAAAGCAUGUAACUAUUUUAUGUUUACCUCCAAAAACUACCCACAAGUUACAACCUCUAGAUAAAACUGUGAUGUCAGCAUUGAAAACGUAUUACAGUGAAGAAAUCAGGAUAUUUUUAAGAGCAAAUCAAAGAGCUGUAACUCAUUUUGACAUAUCUGAGCUAUUUGGCAGGGCAUACCUGAAAGUGCAAACUGGAGAACGCGCGGUCAAGGGAUUUGCUGUUACGGGCCUUUAUCCAGUAAGACGCAACGUUUUCACAGAAGACGACUAUUUGGCAGCAGAAGAUAAUAGUGAACAUAAAGAAACAGAAGAUGAACCCGUGUUGAGAGAACAAAUCCAGAAUGAAGAGACAUCUCCUGGAUCAGAAACCCUGGUACUCCCUGAAGAUAUAAUGAAAAUACCAAAUCUAAAAAAGAAACAAUCCAAUAGGGGAAGAAAAUCAGGGAAAGCGAAAAUCAUUACAUCUACACCGAACAAAGAUGAACUUGAAGCUUCUAUAAGCAUCUCAAAUAACAAGAAAAAAGAAGUGAAGAGAAAUCUGGCUAAUCCAUGCACUACUUCAUCUAGGCAAGCAACUAGCUCUAAAGGUCAUCCAUCCAAAAGACAAAAAAAACUCUCAAUAAGUAGUUCGGAAUCAAGUUGCACUCCCUCGGUUCACGACUCUUCAGAUGACGAAAAUGAUAUCUCCAUUCAAAAUACCAGUGGUGAUGCAAGCUGCAUAUUUUGCGAAGGAAAAUUUUCAGAAGAUGUACGCGGGGAAGUCUGGGUUAGAUGUGAGAUCUGUAACAAUUGGGCGCAUGCAGAAUGUGGAGGAGUGGAGAAGAAAGAUAUUUAUAUAUGCGAUUUGUGCAAGUAA